AUGUCGAGUCUUUCGCUGGGUCGGAAACUAGAAAACGACUUUUCGUAUAAUAACUGUGUCAAAGAUGCGGAUGUCUACAUACGGAUGGAAUUCCUUCGAAAACUCUAUUCUAUUCUUUGCGCACAAUUGGUCCUAACCUGCACUACCGGAGCUGUUCUGCUUACUUUUAAGGAACAGUUAUCACCUUUUCUGGCUGAAAAUUCUUUCAUUUUGCUCUUACUGAUCAUUGCCUCCCUCGUGUUAUUGAUAGCGAUGUUUUACAAGCGAUAUGACACUCCAAUGAAUUUUAUCCUGCUAUUUAGCUUCACUCUGGUUGAAUCCUUUUUUGUAGGAUUGGUCGUCGUUCAUUUUGAUUUGGCGAUCGUCUUGCAAGCUUUCCUGAUUACCGCAGCUCUUACCAUUGGUCUAACCCUCUACACGUUGCAAACGAAGCGUGAUUUCUCCUCCUGGGCCGCCUGCCUUGGUACGCUUCUGAUGGCCCUCUUUGUCGGCGGCGUCUUGAACACGUUCUUCGCCUCUCCGGCUAUUCACCUGGCUCUAUCGAUUAGUGGUGCUUUUCUCUUCGCCUGCUUGUUGAUCUUUGACACGCAGAUAAUAAUGGAGCGCUUCUCCGCGGAGGAAUACAUCGCCGCGUCCAUCACCCUCUACUUGGAUAUCCUCAAUCUCUUCCUCUACGUUUUGCGUGUUCUGCAGACGGCAAACAACAACUAG